AUGGCCGAACAAAUGGGCACCCCCAAUUCCAGUGCUGAUCUUUCAGUAAAUGGUGGCAAGAAUUCCGCACCAAAGGACAAGAAUUGUCCAUUCUGUCAUCAAGCAUUUACUUCAUCCUCACUUGGCCGCCAUCUCGAUCUUUACAUCAAGGAGAAGAAUCCCAAAGCGGCAGAUGGUAUACAUAGUGUGGAUGAGAUAAGGAAGCUUCGUGGAGGCAUUACAAGGCGGCAGCCACGUAAUUCAACUUCAAGGAGGGAAGAUUCGACACCUGCAGGGACACCUGGAGGAUCGGACAGGGGGAAUUCCAAUAAUGAUUCUGAAAUGGUAGGGAGUGACUCUCCAAGCUUAAGGAGAGAUGAUGGAGCGGCUAUGAAUAUGAUGUGCAUGUCAAGAGGGGUGCCAGGUCAAACUUUGGGUGGUCGAAGACCUAAUUUUGUUGUGAAUGGCGGUACAUGGGAGUCAACAGGCGUCAUGAAUCAUAUUCCUCAAGCACGAAAUGGCGAAACCGCUCGAAGUUGGGAUGGAGAUGAAUCCAGAGAUGGGAGUAGGAGAUCGGAUGGCAGAAAUAGAUCUGUCAGCAAACAAAUGCUAGCGAAAACGACGUUCGAGCAAAAACAAAAGAUGAUAGAAGCUCUGGAUAAUGCAAAAGCAGCAGAAUUGGCAUUAAGAGAACUUUUAGGGGGGGUUAGAGCAGCCAAACAACGAAUUGAAGGCCCCAAUAUUUUUGAUUACGAUCCUUUUAGUUUGGAUUUUCCUGCCCUCACUUUACAUUGUCUGCCACCACCACCGACCCUUUAUGCGUCUACCCCUAUUCCAAACUCUACUUCAUGGUCUAUCCUUCCACCAGAUGAAUUACAAUAUCAAGCAUUGCGGAAACAUUUUGCAUCGGAGUUUCACCGCUACCGUAUCUCAAUAUCCAUCGCUACGACAACUCCACAAGAUGAUUUAUCAUAUCCUCCGCAGGAAAACUUCAUUGGUCUCGAGAGUCUUACUACACUACACCAACAAGCGGAAGCAGAUGCUCAAAGCAUGGAGGCUAGAAUUUCUGAGCACUUACAUUCAAUGUUUGGGCAUUGGAAUUCGUUGCCUCCAAAUAAGAGGACUGAACUUUGGACUCUCGAAUUAGCUCGUAAUAUCGGUCGAAAGUCUGAGGAAAUAUCCAAGUUGAAGAAGGAGAAGGAGCUUUUACAACAGGAUACGGCGCACUCAAAAUUACAAGUUGAGGAAUUAAGUCGAUUACAACAACCCAGGGAAUUCAGGAUUCAACCACCUUCACCACUACCUAUUGAUUCACGUCUUAUGACUGAAUUAGGUAAAUUGGGAACGACGCACAAAGCUGUUGGUCUUCAACUCAUGGAUCGAAGUGUACAUCUCGAUACGGCAGUGGAACGAGCAAUUGGUCGUUGGAAAGGUGUUGUCAAGCAAGCUCGAGCCGGGUCUGGACAGCCUGGAUCUGGCAUGGCUGCACAAAAGCCACUUGAGAAUAAUAUUAAUGAAGCGUUACCUCCAUCGAAUCCACCACAGCUUAAUUCUUCCAUAACGAGCCAACCAUUGCAAGAGGAUGCGCAAGACAUUGGAAGCGAUCAAGAUGCAGAUGGUGAUGCAGAUAUGGAGGAAGAUGAUACUUUUGUCGAUAUGACAGACGUUAAUGCAGGUGUUCAACGUGCACCUGAAGCACCAAUGUCUAAUACGACAAAUUUCCGAUUGGCAAAUGGAGGAAUUAAUAUGCAAGGUGUUAAUGCCGGUGGUAACCCGAGAGGAAGUGUAAUGGAGGGUCUUGAGAAUCAAAACCACGUGCAGGGAUAUGUGAGGAUCGGGGCCUAA